CACGGGGAGCGGGGAGGGGCCGGGGGAGUGAGGAGGCGGGGCAGCUUUCUCUCGGCCGCGCUUCGGCUCUCGCGGGCGUCCGGCGCGGGAUUGUAACUGCCUGGCGGCGGGAGAAGUAGCUCUCGAGCCAAGGGACGUGCGACUACCCACGCGUGGUCAUGGAGGCGCGGCGGCCGCCGCUACGCGCGACGACUUCGGCCCCUGGCCGGAGCCGAAAGCUACUGCUGCUGCCGCUGCUGCUGUUCCUGCUGCCGGCCAAAGCUCUGCGGGGCUUGGAGGUGGAGGAGAGGCCCCGAACCCGCGAAGAGGAGUGCCACUUCUACGCGGGUGGACAAGUGUACCCGGGGGAGGCGUCCCGGGUUUCGGUCGCCGACCACUCCCUGCACCUCAGCAAAGCCAAGAUUUCCAAGCCAGCACCUUAUUGGGAAGGAACAGCUGUGAUAAAUGGAGAAUUUAAGGAGCUGAAGUUAACUGAUUAUCGUGGGAAAUACCUGGUUUUUUUCUUCUACCCUCUUGAUUUCACUUUUGUGUGUCCAACUGAAAUCAUCGCCUUUGGUGAUAGAAUUGAGGAAUUCAGAUCGAUAAACACUGAAGUGGUAGCAUGCUCUGUUGAUUCACAGUUUACCCAUUUGGCCUGGAUUAAUACCCCUCGAAGACAAGGAGGACUUGGGCUGAUAAGCAUUCCACUUCUUUCAGAUUUGAACCAUCAGAUCUCAAAGGACUAUGGCGUAUAUCUGGAAGACUCGGGCCACACUCUUAGAGGUCUCUUCAUUAUUGAUGACAAAGGAAUCCUAAGACAGAUUACUCUGAAUGACCUUCCUGUGGGUAGAUCUGUGGAUGAGACACUGCGUUUGGUUCAAGCAUUCCAGUACACCGACAAACAUGGAGAAGUCUGCCCUGCAGGAUGGAAACCUGGUAGUGAAACAGUAAGUCAAAUUGAUUUUUCUGUUAAGAGGAUGGCUGGGGCAAAAAAAAAAACAAAAACAAAAAAGCCAACCCUAGGAUAAUCUUUCCUUGUAAAAGAACUCCCUUGAUUUUGUAAAUGAAGUAAACAUUGCUAGGCAGAACUCAUAAGACUACAGACAUUCUUUGGACUGUACGGAGAGUAGCUGCAACUGGGAAAGCAGAAUAUGGGGCCUGACGCUGUGAAUUUUAAAGCCAAGUAUACAGAGAAAGAUACCAUUAAAAAAGGGGAGGGGGACAGUGGAGACGUGGUAGAAUCAAUUCAGGGCAAAGAAGACAGGCACAAGCAAAACCUUCAGUGUAUAUUAAAAGCUUUUAAGAAAAUCUGGCUUAAUGGGGGCAGACACCAAAAACAACGGGAACUACGAACCUGCAGCCUGCGAAGAGGAGACCCGAAACACAUUAAGUUAAGCAAAAUGAGAAGACAAAGAAACACACAGCAGAUGAAGGAGCAAGGUAAAAACCCACCAGACCAAACAAAUGAAGAGGAAAUAGGCAGUCUACCUGAGAAAGAAUUCAGAGUAAUGAUAGUAAAGAUGAUCCAAAAUCUUGGAAAUCGAAUGGAGAAAAUACAAGAAACGUUUAACAAGGACCUAGAAGAACUAAAGAGCAAACAAACAAUGAUGAAGCAACACAAUAAAUGAAAUUAAAAAUUCUCUAGAAGGGAUCAAUAACAGAAUAAAUGAGGCAGGAGAACAGAUAAGUGACCUGGAAGAUAAAAGCGUGGAAAUAACUGCUGCAGAGAAGAAGAAAGAAUGAAAAGAACUGAGGACAGUCUCAGAGACUUCUGGGACAACAUUAAACACAUCAACAUUUGAAUUAUAGGGGUCCCAGAAGAAGAAGAGGAAAAGAAAGGGUCUGAGAAAAUAUUUGAAGAGAUUAUAGUUGAAAACAAUCAGAUUAAUUAACAAAUCCAUCAUCUCACAGUUAGCCUUUUUUGUGUGGGGUGAGAAGGCUUAAGAUCUACUCUUCUAGCAAAUUUCAGGAAUACCAACAGUAUUAACUAUAGUCAACCGUGCUGUGCAUCAGGUCCCCAGAACUUAUUCAUCCUAAAACUGAAGGUUUAUACCGUUUGACCAGCGUCUCCCCAUUUCCCCCAGCCCCAGCCCCUGGCAACCACCAUUCUACUCUGUUUUUAUGGGCAUUCAUUCAACAGACAUUCCUUGAGCACCUGCUAUAUGGCAACUAUUCGAACUUGGAUGAUAGCCAGAUGAUACUUACUAGUGAACACCAUAGCCAAUGUCCCAGCCCUCAAAGUUACGUUCUAAUUUCAGUUGUGGCCAAUGCUUUUAGAAACAGGUUGAUGGGAGUUGGUGAGACAGUGCCUGGGAUGGGGAUAAAGUGGUCAGGAAAGACUUUUCAGAUGAUAUUUGAGCUGAAACGUGAGUGAAGAAAGGGAGCCAGUCGUGCAUGGAGCCGUGCAGAAAGAGCAUCAGGGGCAGAGGCCCUGAGGCCGGUAGCGGCUCAGCGUGGCGGGGGAGCAGAAAGGGUUGGCGCGGGCAGAACGCUGAGCUGUGGGAAUGGGAGAGGACGCCAGUGUCCCAGUGCACUGAGGGUUGGAGUCCCAUGAGUUGACUGAGCAAUGUGGAGUCCCUCGUGACCACAGGGAGGGCAGCAGGUGGUUUGAGGAUAGGGCAAGAAGGAAAGAAGGAAAGAAAACAGCUAGAGAGGGGGGUGUAGGAUCAGAAAAGGUUUGGUGGUGGCGUUUCUUUGAAGACAGAUGAAUUUUUCAUCUCUAUUGCACAGGCCUCCUGAUUUGUCUCCCCGACCUCAGUUUCUCUCCUCUCCAACACAUGUCAUUCUGCAGACCGGAACCUCUUAGUGGCUCUGCAGUACAAAGUCCUCAUGCUCGGGCACAGCCUUCAAGCUUCUGCAUUCUCUCGUUUCACUGCCUCUCCCUGGUCAUCAUCCCAUGAUUCACACACGCACACACACAUGCACACAUGCUAUGCUCCCACCAAAUCACGUGACUCAUCUUUCCCCAAACUAAGCCCUACUCUGUCACGCUUUUGUGCCUUUGCUCAGGUCUUUCUUUCUGUAGCCUGGAGUACCUCUCUCCCCUUCCCUAAAUUCCCCAAAUUCUUCUUUCAAGACUAACUUAAAUGCUACUUCCACUCUGAGGCCUUCCCUGAUGCCAUCUCAGCCUCACAAAAGUGUGUUGCAUCAAAAGCAGUUAUGUACACGUACAUCUUCCCCACGUGCUUGUACGAGCCUCCAAGGCGGGGACUUCGGUGGUUACCACUGGAUCCCCCACUGUGCAGCAUACUGUCGGCACCCGGUUGUUAUGCCAUAAGUACUCUUGAAUUGAAUUGGAAUGCAGAGAGAUUAUAUAUUGGCAAAGACAAAAUACUCCUGGAGUGAUGCCUGAAAUUAGGUAACAUUUAUUUUAUGCUGAAGAAAAUGCAUAUAGAACUAUCAUAAGCUGAUUACAAUAAAGUACAAGGUUAUUUUUUUUAUAUAGGGAUAAAUGUACUUUACCUGUAACUAGCAAGUAACAGUUAAUGUGAGAAAUUAGAAACCUAGGUGGUUUCUAAGGCUGUAACGCUCUAGGAGGGAACACUUUUUCUUUCAGAGUAUUUGUCCAUUCACUAAAUAGGUACUCGCGUUGUUUUUAGAGUACUUCUUUUACUUUGCGGUUUGAGAUUAAAAGGUUACAGUUCUGGACCUCCAAGCAAUCCAUUUGAACCCACUGCCCCCUUUUCAGGUUGUAGCAUAUCAUCACUUCAUCAGCAGAUAAUUUUAAAAAUACAUUAACAUCUGUAGCCAUGCUCUCUUAACAUGUUUGAUUUUACACCAUACCUGAAGAUGCCAUGAAAGCCUGGUGGCAAAGAGAAGAGCUGUAAGUAAAUUUGAGGUGCUUGAGUACAGAUGUUAAUUUACUAGCAAACUAUCUGCCUUCUGGGAGAGCUGAGAUUAGCAGGACAAAUCCGGUUUUUCCUAAAUAUAUAUGAUAUAAUUUGGUACACAAAAUAAUCUUUAUCUUUAGUCAAGAGAUACGCAACUAAUGUCAGCCUACUGUUGAUAUACUUUGGCUUUUAAAAUGAAUAAUUUGCUUUUU